AUGCCCAUCUCGCUCUCGAUCCCGCGGCCCUCCAGCCUGUCCGCUGCGUCCCACGAUGCCGGCCACCACCUGAGUCGCCGUAGCAGCGCCCGAUACCACUCGACGCCCGCCGUCGAGCCCGCGCAGCCCAGCCACAAACGCGCCUGGCACCAUGCUUCCUUUCGGCGCCAGCAUUCCAAGCCAUCCCCCGAGGAUUCCCUUCAUUUUCGCGUGGCGAUGCUCGAUCCUCCGCGGGAGAGCAGCCCGGCGGCCUUGGGCGCGGCGGAUUCGCGCUCCAACGGCGUGUUCUCGGCGCAUGUUAUGCAGCACCGACCACCAUCCCCCCCGCCGCCCGCCCAGGUAUAUAGGCGAAGCCAUGCGGCAUUAUCAUCCUUGAAUGCAAGCUCAGAAGACCCUCUGCGCUCGUCCGAGCCUCCGGCUGCACACGAGUCGCCCGCGUCUCACAAAGCGUCAUCCGCCAGCGACCACAGUGCCAACGGCAAUUUCCCACCUGCGACCCAGCACCAACAGUUGCAGCAGGAGCAUGAGAGCCCGGGCCAUAAAACCCACCGCAAGUCCUUCCGAUUCAAACAUCGACCCUCCAUGAUUGACUUAUCGAAGCUGUUCCCUCGCCCGCGGGACACCGCGCCGCCCAUGCUGUCUCCUCAUCGCCUCACGGCGUCGCCGUCCCCGGUCUCCUUUCUGUCAGAGUCAUCUCACAGUAAACUGAAUAGACUGGACAGACUUCUGUCCGGCAAUAGGCUCACCAAAGUGCCGAGAGCCAAAGAUGCGGCGGAGAUCUAUCAGAAAAAACGAAGGGACCAUGAAGACUGGGCGCGGUCCCACCACGUGGAGACGCCAGACUUCUACCAACAGCAGCAGCUGUUGCAAGCCGAACCAUUGGUGGGCCCGACGUUAUCGCAGCGCCGAAAAUACGAUGGCUGGCGUGACCCGACUAAGUAUCGGCAUAAAGCCGGCCCGGAUUGGUUUGAUGGCCCGGCAGGGCAAGUCAGCGAUGACGACAACGAGAGCGCGACGGGCGGCGCGGAGGCUCAGGAUACCGUCCCUGCCAUGCUGGCGGCUCUUCAGGAAGCCACCCGCCCAAAGCAUGGCAGCUUGGGCUCGAUGAGCCGUUCGAAGAAGGCCUCCCGGCUUUCAAGGAACUCAAGUCGCUCCGUGCAAGCUUCUUCUAAUGGUUCGACCAUUAAACCCUCUUCGACUGUGCAAGAUCCAGCUUCUCGAUCUGCCUACCGUGGAAGUGCAAUGCUAGAGGAGAGUCUAGCAGAAUGGGAACUAAACCACGGUCCUACUUUCUAUGGAAAUGGUAUAAACAGUGGGAAUAAAACCGUCGAUAUUUCGAAGAAGAACAGCAGGUUGUCGCUCAAUGUCGCAAAUCUCAACGAAGCUAGUGUUCUCUGUCUGUCGUCGUCGGAAGAUGAAGCGGAUGAUGACGGUGAGGAUGCGACGUCUAGUUACGUCAAUCGGUCAGUGCUCCGCGACAGCAUCAUCACGUUCGAUGAAAACACCGAAAUCUGUACCGCCCAAGCGGUUGAAACGCGACUACGACGGCCUCCCAAGAGAGUGCCGGCGAGCCACCCCGUCCAGAAUCGAGCGACUCGGUCUGCAGCACCCUCGAACUACGACCGUUCCACCACAUCUAGCGUGCGUUCAUUUAAUCUCAGUCAGAGCGGCUCUCUAAGGCAUUCUCGCUAUAUUCCAAGUAUAUCCGAGCCCCCGAAUUCACCCCUACCUUCUACUCCAAAUCGAGAGAAACCCUUCCCGACUUCUCGCCCUCCGUCCGGUCGACAGCAAACCGGUUCCUCGACUAAUCGCCGAAGCAGAUACAUCGCCGUUACCCGGCAAGAAGAGCAUCUCCUCGAAACCAUACGGCGCAACAAAGGCAGCAUCCCGCCCAGCCUUGCCCUAGACGGGAAUUACGAGCGUGAAGGCCGACACACGCGACCGUCGUCGAUGUACGCCACGGAUGUUUCGUUCCUGAAGCUCAGCCGCAGCGAGACCCCGCGCAAAGUGCUGAAAUUCAACGCAGACACCGGCACUUUUUCUGAUGUCGGCUCGAGAGCCGUAUCCGACGCCGGCGACCUAGCCACCGACUCCGGCAAUUCUCCCCGAACCAGCUUGGUCCACUCGGACAACUUCCCAUCGCCCUCCACGGGAUUGGUCUCCCCUCUCACCCCAACCUUACCGCCUCCCCCCCACUGCCUCUCUCCGGGAAAACCUGUCAGGCACGCCAGAUUCCCUCGAGCUGCCCUCCAGGAUGAUAUGCCACGCUCCAGAUCCCGCACUGGCAGCGGCAGUGCGAUCGUCUUUGACUCCGAGGCCGCUGCCGGAAAGGAUGCCGACAGUGAGGAUCUGCCCAUCUGGGCACUUGGCUGGAACAGCAGCGACACCUCGAGCGUGGCCGUUGUUGUUUAA